AUGACAGCGAGAGCAGUAGUCGUGCUGGUCACUAUUUCAAGGCCUACUGUCAACACGUUCCAUUCUCUGCACACAUAUCUCGAGCAAUCGUUUGCCUUCGCCAGCCAGACACUCUCUGGAGGCCUAGCGAAGCGAUUGUUUUCUGCCGUACUGCUUGGGAUCAUCUGCGUUUUCGGAUUUUCUUAUGUCUUACCUGCACCCACGGAAUCACCUACAGUGGCUUCCCCAACGCGACACGUUCAUUGGCCAACAUGGCGUGAUGUCCACCCCACUCACCUUUACCCUCUCCCGCUGCAUGCCACUCUUGAACAACGUUUAGCCACAUGGCGCAAUGCGCCUGGAAUUGGAUGGGAACCGGCUGAUUUCGUCGCGUGGAAUCUUCAGACUUGUUCGGAUGUCAUCCCUAAUCAUAAUAAGGAUUUGAUCGCCAAAGCGAGCCUGAUUUGGGCAGUGAUGAACUCCACCGCCAUCUUAACGCACCGGGAGAAUAUGGCGAGCUAUAUUGAAGGAAUGAAGCGUGAGGGCGCGUUUGAUACCAGGAGCCAUGUCGUGCAUGGCGGGAGAGGGUAUGUUGGGGAAGGAAGGGGAAUGGUAUUCACCGCUGGGAACGUGGAUACAUUGAAGAGGGUGGUUUAUACUCUCAAAUUGGUUCGAAAGUACUACGACUCCCAACUACCUGCUGCUAUUUUCCAUUUUGCUUCGGAGCGGCCUGCCGAUGACGAUCCUAUCCGCAAGGAACUGGCAGAGCUGGGUGCCAAGCUCGUUCAGAUUAAUCGUAGCAAGGACGCCGGUAGGACAAAGAACUAUCACCUUAAAGCUCAAGCCAUCGUCGAAGCCGAAUGGGCAGAAGUUCUCUACCUUGACUCCGACAACUUCCCCACGCAAGCACCGGAACUCUACUUUGAACAACCUAAUUACAAACGUCUUGGGGCGAUGUUCUGGGUUGAUUACUGGAAGACCAGCGCUAGCAACCCAAUCUGGCACAUUAUUGGGGUUCAAUGCCGAGAUGAAUGGGAACAAGAAGCAGGUCAAAUCGUGAUCGAUAAACGUCGUCAUUUGGAUGCCAUGUUACUUUCGCAGUACCUGUUGCUUAAUUGGGAGUAUUGGUAUUAUUUUUCGGAUGGGGACAAAGACGUGUUUAGGUUUUCGUUCUUGGCACUUAGGAAGCGAUGGGCUUUGCCUGGGAGGUAUGUAGGUGCUGCUGGGUUGCCUAGUGGGACGGCUUCGGGGUCGUUCUGUAGUCAUACAAUGCAGCAGUAUGACAAUGCUGGUCGACCGGCUUUCGUGCAUUACAACCUUCUCAAGCAAAUUCCGUCUGGCGUUGGUCGUGGAUUCAGUUGGGGCCGUACUAAACAAGUGAUGUCCUACCCGACACCGCCCCUCCGCCCUAUCACACGGGAAGAAUUCUCUAAAGCACAGUUAAAUGCCACCGACAAAUGGUGGGAGGCAGAGUCACGUUCAUCCAGGGUACAGGAACGAUAUCGAUUGUAUCCUUAUCCUGAUGUGGGUGGACCCGAUGUCGUGAGAGGCCCCAAUGAUGUUGAGGCAGACAUGUUGGCCAAUGCGAAGGAUGAUGGGAAAGCUAUCCAGCCAGCUACUUUGGAGGUUAGGCGGAGAGCGGCUCUUGAGAGGGGUAUGAGGCCGUUCUUCCACGGUGGUGUUGUCAGUGCGCUGUGCAUUGACUUUAACUGGGAUGACCCGUAUGGAAAACCUCGUGAAGCGAACACAGUUGGUACGCCUCCAGACAAGACAGCACCAAAUGAACUUGGCAUCGAUUGGGGCGUCUCACCGCUUGAGAUCGUCCAGUGGACUUCUGAUGAUCGGUUACGGGAUUUGGAGCAGCGUGUGUAUGAUGAAGGUUUUGUUCCCAAUGCGGUUGGAUUCUAGAUUGGACUGCGCUUAGGGAAGGCGGGCACAGUUCUCAUUAGGAUGCACAUCUAACUUAUACGACAAAUCUUGACGAACUGCACACAUCACUCUCUUGCACGUUUCUUUCAUGUAGAAUCCAUUCGAACAAGUCUACCCCUCCCUCCCCCUUCCUUCCCCGCGAACAAUGCCCCCCUCGGCUCGGACCCAUCCCCCGACUUGUUUUUUUUUUUCGUUACCCAUUUGUAUUGUCCAUCUUCAUAAUUCCAUAGUUUUGUGACGUGAUACGUACAGACCAACUUUC